CUGCGGUCCCUCACGGCCGCGCGGCUUCUCUGGUCGUCCCUGGAGAGGCGUCCUCUCUCCUCGCCUUCGCUCUAGGCAUUCUGGCUGCCCCGGGACCAGGGACCAGCGCCUCACAGAUCUUUCCCAGAGUUCAGCUAUGGGUGUAAGAGGUUUGCAAGGAUUUGUGGGAAGUACCUGCCCACACGUGUGCACAGUGGUAAAUUUGAAAGACCUGGCGGCACAGCACCGAAGCCGGCACCCGGCGUGCACUCCCACUGUGGUGGUGGAUGCCAUGUGUUGUCUCAGGUACUGGUACACUCCAGAAUCCUGGGUCUGUGGUGGCCAGUGGCGAGAAUACUUUUCUGCUUUGCGAGACUUUGUGAAAACCUUCUCGGCUGUCGGCAUCAGGCUGGUGUUCUUCUUUGAUGGCACGGUGGAGCAGGGUAAGCGGGAUGAAUGGGUGAGGCGAAGACUGAAGAACAACAAGGAGAUCAGCAGGAUUUUUCAUCACAUCAAGUCGCACAGGCAGCAGCCCGCCAGAAACAUGUUCUUUAUCCCCUCGGGUCUAGCCGUGUUCACACGAUUUGCCCUGAAGACCCUGGGUCAGGAGACUUUUUGCUCAUUGCGGGAGGCAGACUACGAGGUUGCUUCCUACGGUCUCCAGCAUGACUGUCUUGGGAUUCUUGGGGAAGACACGGAUUACUUAAUCUAUGACACUUGCCCCUAUUUUUCUAUUAGCGAGCUCUGUCUGGAGAGCCUGGACACUGUCAUGCUUUGUAGAGAGAAACUCUGUGAGAGCCUGGACCUCCACCUGGCAGACCUUCCUCUGCUGGCCUGCCUACUUGGCAACGACAUCAUCCCAGAGGGCAUGUUUGAAAGCUUUCGGUACAAGUGCUUAUCUUCCUAUACCUCUGUAAAAGAAAACUUUGACAAAAAAGGCAACGUUAUCUUAGCUGUGUCAGAUCAUAUAUCUAAAGUUCGUCGCUUGCAUCAAGGUGAGAAAAAAUUAGAAGACAUAUUACCUUUGGGACCAAACAAAGCUCUUUUUUAUAAGGGAGUGGCAUCAUAUCUUUUGCCGGGACAGAAAUCGCCAUGGUUUUUCCUGAAGCCCAAAGGUAUAACAGCUUUGGACAAACAAGUAAUAACCAUGAGUUCAGACCCUGAAUCCAAGCAAGAUGUUCCCAAGUGUACAGACCCUGAAUCCCAGCAAGACGUUUCCAUGUGUACAGACCCUGAAUCUAGGCAAGAAGUUCCCAUGUGUACAGACCCUGAAUCCAAGCAAGAAGUUCCCGUGUAUAUAGACCCUGAAUCCAGGCAAGAAGUUCCCGUGUGUACAGACCCUGAAUCCAGGCAAGAAGUUCCCGUGUGUACAGACCCUGAAUCCAGGCAAGAAGUUCCCAUGUGUACAGACCCUGAAUUCAGGCAAGAAGUUCCCGUGUGUACAGACCCUGAAUCUAAGCAAGAAGUUCCUAUGUGCACAAAUCCUGAAUCCAAACAAGAAGUUCCCUUAUAUGCAGAUCCUGUAUCCAAGCAAGAAGUUUCCAUGUGUGCAUACCCUGAAAUCCAGCAAAAAUUACCUAUAGCAACAGACUCUGAAUUUAAGCUAGAAGCUUCUAUUUAUACACACCCUGAAAUUGAACAAGAAGACCCCAUGAAUAUGGGGCCUGAAAUAAAGCAAGAAGUAACCAUGGUUUCAGACACCGAAAUCCUAGAGGUUGCUAGAACCCAUCACGUCCAAGCAGAAAGCUACCUGGUGUACAGCAUCAUGAGCAGUGGCGAGAUCGAGUGCAGCAACACCUUGGAAGACGAGCUGGACCAGGCCCUGCCCAGCCAGGCCUUCAUCUACCGCCCCAUCCGCCAGCGUGUCUACUCGCUCUUGCUGGGCGGCUGCAAAGAUGGCAUCAGCAGCUGCCCUGCGGUGAAGGAGUGGUUUGUGUACCCUGGGAACCCACUGAGGCACCCGGACCUCGUCAGGCCCCUGCCGAUGACUGUCCCAGGGGGAAUGCCUAGUUUGAAAUUGUUGUGGCUGAACCAGGAGCCAGAAGUACAGGCCCGGCGCAUGGAUGCACUCCUGGCUUGUUUCAACCUGUCUUCCUCCAGAGAAGAGCUGCAGGCCCUGGAGAGCCCAUUCGCAGCUCUGUGCUGCCUCCUCAUCUACCUGUUUGUCCAGGUAGACACCCUUUGCCUGGAGGAUUUGCAUGCGUUCAUUGCCCAGGCCCUGUGCCUCCCAGGAAAAUCAACUGCUCAGCUGGUAAACUUACAGCCCGAUUAUGUCAACUCCAGAGCCGUGCAGCUGGGCUCCCUCCUGGUCCGCGGCCUCACCAUGCUGGUCCUGGUCAACAGUGCCUGUGGCUGCCCCUGGAAUACGAGCGAGUUCAUGCCCUGGAACGUGUUUGACGGGAAGCUUUUCCAUCAGAAGUACCUGCAGUCUGAAAAGGGAUACAGUGUGGAAGCGCUUUUAGAACAAAAUAGAUCUCGGCUCACCAAAUUCCACAACCUGAAAGCAGUCGUCUGCAAGGCCUGCGUGAAGGAGAACAGACGCAUCGUGGCCCGGGCGCACUGGGGCACACACCAUGCAGGGCGGUGGGGAAGACAGGGCUCCAGCUCCUACCGGAUGGACUCCGGGUACAGCCGUUCUGGUCAGGGACAGCCGUGGAGAGACCAGGGACCAGGACACAGACCAUAUGAGCAUGACCAGUGGAGAAGAUACUAAUCGUCCUCCAGGCACAGUACGAGUGUAACACUAGACAUGGAACGGUCCUCACCCUUCCUCCUGCAUCUGUUGCCUGGUCACUGAGCUGGCUGGUGGCGUCUGCGGCCUGAACGUGCUGGACAAAGGGAUGGUCACGUCCUGCGUGGAACAGAGCAGAUGGAGAGAUUUCAAUGACUGAAAGUGGCAUGCAAUUUAAAACUCAAAUUGUUUAUUUCUGGGAUUUUCUAUUUAACAUUUUCAGACCUCAGUUGACUGUGGGUGACUGAAGCUGUGGAUAAGGGGUCUGCUGAGUAAUAUAUCAGAAAUUGUUUUCUAGUUAGAAAUUCUAAUCAAAAGUAAAGUCUCCAGCUAUUUCUUCCCUUGGUCCCCAGAAGUGUUUCAACAGAAAAAGAAGAAACUGAUUUCUCACCUUCCUGGUGGGGGAGUUACUUCUGCCGUGGGGCUCUGCGGGAGGCACGGCACAGGGCACCUGGACUCCAGGUCCGUUUCCCAUGUCGUCCUGCUCGGUUCGUCUGGCCAGACCCUGGCUCAUGCCUGGGCGCAGUAACCUGGGCUGGUCCGUGGUGCAGUUGGACAGGAAGCCUGUGUGCAGGACGUGUUGAAAGGGAGGUGAUCACAGCUGCCAAGAAGCCUCGUUUAUGAUGCCGCUAAUAAAUGGCACAGUGUUCUCUGAGCAUGGAAGGGCUUUUUUGAGAAACAUUUAAAAUGAAUCCAAUUUCAGAGUAAUCCUUUUCAUGGAAGAAUUUUCAGAUAACACAAGAAUUGACUUUUUAAGCCCAGAAUUGUGCUGAGCUCUAACUGUGGGGGAAAGAACAGCCAGGGACCUGACCCCGGGAAGCGUUCUAGAGUAGGAGUUGGAAGACAGCCCUCUGCUGGGUGGCGUCUUCUCCAAACCUGGAACCCCCACCUGUGUAACAAGCCCCUGAUCAUAGUCACAAACCCACUCGUCUGUCUGCACUUGGUGAAUCACCCUGACCAGCAGCUCAAGUGUACGUAGCUCCAGGUAUCUAAAACCUUGUCUAGUUUCGACUAAAAGGACACAGUCUCCAGGUAUUUAUUCAUCUGCAUUUCUUAGAUUUGAGGUACCCUGGCCACAUUUCCAGUUCCUCCAUAAGGAUAUUUGCACAUCGAGUCAUUUUUCAUGCAAGCCUUACAUAACCCACACUUUUUCUGUGGUUUGGAAAUAGGAAAACUUUCAAAAGUGGAAUUAAAAAAUCUAUCUAGAUAUUAACUUUCUAAUCCUUUUCAUCUAUGCUCAUUUGAAACCACUGCUGCUUCUAUAAGAUAUAUUUGCUACUUGUUUGUGUAACUUUGAAAUAAAUUUCUCAUUCCUUAGACUUAGUUCUAGGAAAAUUCGUGUGUCUCUUUAUAAUAUCCAAUUUAUCAAUAAAAUACUUGUGUUCAGUUGACAAGCUUAAGUAAGCCAUUGAGUUGGUAUAAUCUGUAUUGCAUUUGAACAGCCAGAGCAGUGAUUUUUUUGUGACCUCAAUAUUGUUAUAAAAGUUAUCUCUGACCUUAAUAUUGUUAUAUGUUAUCUCUGAGGUCAAGUCUUCUGAUGAAAUUUCCAUGUAUCUAUUUAAAAGUUAAAAUAAAGCAACAUAUAUUAAUACAA